GAUCAUUAAUAGCAAAUAUGUUCCUUGAAUUGAUUAUAGUUUAAAUAACUUUCUAUGUUUGUGAUUGUGACUUUUCAUAUUUCCAUUCCCAAUCCCAGAUUUAAGGUAUAAAUUAAGAUCAGUGAUUAGUGUUUACUGUUUGUUGAUUUGUUAUUUACUUCUAUAAAUAAAUACUCAUAUUUAAUCAUUGUAUUGUGGUAUGCAAAAUGCUAAUUAAAAAAACACUCCUUACGGCAGUGGAGAGCCGGUUGUUGAGUAUUUGAGUAAUGAGUUGAGAGUUUGAGACUUGAUUGCUGUUUUCCACUUGCAAGUUUGCAGUCGCUUGCACUUUCAGUGAAUGGCCAUAAACAAAUGGUUAUUAAUAUCAGCCGAAAAUUGUAAAUAUAUUACUUAAAUCUCUGUCAAAAGUUAUAGCAUUUUAACCAUCUUUAACACAUUUUCAAUAGCCCUUAGCAGCCAACAAAGUAACCCUUCAUGAAACAUAAUACUUAAAAGAACAUAAAUUAAAAAAAAAAGUCAUGUCUGCAAAAAAGAAAAAUCUGGAUGUUUACCUCGGCGAGAUAUUCAAGCAGUUCGUAGCGCUCAAAGAUGACGACUUCAAAAGGUCUCAGGAGGUGUUCAAAAGUGUGUUUGAACAAUUCAAACAGAAGAUGGGGGAACAGUGCAACUAUUUUGGGACAUAUGCAUCACAGGUGCUGUACGCAGGCAGUGUGUAUGAUGGCAUCAAGGUCAGCAAGCUGGAUGAGUUUGAUAUGGACAUUGUCAUCCGCCUGCCCGUCAACUAUCAGGAUGAUGGAGAGAACGGCAUCAUAAUAGAGAAUGCAGAGCCUGGCUUUGUUACGCUGAAGAUUGUUAAAGCUUUUGACAACUUGGAUAAGCAAAAGGAAUGGGAGAACCGUCACAGAGUGACUCGAGACUGGAGGGACUCUGACAAGUACUUCCUACAAAACAAGUUCCGUCACUGGCUCCAUAGCAUUGUACAGAAGACUCUCAACGAGCUCAAUGGUCAAGUGACAGUGAAUGGAGUGACGUACCUCAUGAAGUACAAGAUGUCAGGCCCGGCUUAUACAUUGAACAUCCGUAACGCUGAUGGGGAGGACCAUUUCCUGCUUGACGUGGACCUUGUGCCUGUUAUACGGUUUCUCCUGCCACGAUGGCCUGAGGGAUACAGAAUGAUGGAGGGCAGCCAGGUGAAGGAGUGGCUCGCUGUGCCGAAGCCCAACAAGGCGGUUGCUGAUGAGUCGCAGAGGAACCGCCUGUGGAGACUGUCCUUCCAGGACUAUGAGAGAGAUAUGAUCAAGGGCUGCUCACAACUCAAAAACAUCAUAAGAUUGGUGAAAAAGCUACGAGACGCGCGUGGAAUGAAAGCCAUUGCGAGCUACUACAUAAAAACACUGUUCCUUUGGAAAGUCCAAAAGACAGAAGACAAAAAGUAUUGGCAGAGGAAACUUAGCGUAAUCUUCCGCGAGAUGGUAGAAGAAUUAUACAAUGCUAUCAAAGAGAAGAACAUUCCAUACUUUUGGAAUGAAGACAACAAUCUAAUACAGGGUGUAAAGGAGACCCUUUUGAACGACUAUGCGGAAAAGCUUAAACAGGUCCUAGACAGCAUUGAUGCCAAUGAUGUAGAGAAGGUAGCAUACGCGUUAUUAACUACAGAUGAAAUAAAAGAAUUUAAAGAAUCCGAAUUUUAUAAGAAACAAGAGGCUAAUCUUCCAGCAGACAAUGUUAUUGUUAGAUCAAUAUCUUCUUCUUCUUCCUCUUGUUCAACUAACAUCCAAAUACCUAACAAAAAACAAGAUGACGACAAAGUCUUUGAUCUUGUUAAAAGUCUUAUAUCCAAAGUUGAUCGAUUGACUACAAGAGUGGAGCAACAAGAUGACAAAAUAAUGAAAUUAGAAAAAGAAUUGCAGGAGCUUAAAAAUGAAACCAAUCAAAAUUCAACACAGCUAAAAGUGGACAUAUUGGAAAAUAAAAAAGCGGAAGUAUUGGAAAUAAAAAAUACACAAGAUACUGAAGUGACAGAUUUACUAUGUUUUGGAUGAUAAUAUAAUUAUAGCAACACCCAUGUUGCAUCAAAAUGUCUGCAUUUAGUCAAAGAGGAUUUGCAUUGUUUGUGUUGCUUGCUGAAGUUAGGGCUGCCAACAGUACUAUAAUAUAUAGUAUUGUACUAUAUUUCGGAUCUACGUACUGUUGAAGAUAUAUGUAGUACGCAAAAAUACUAUAUUUUCAACAACUUUAUGAGCUUUAAAUUUUAUGAAAAUUAUCAACGAAUUCGAACUUCUAUCUUAUUGAAUACCACACUUAAAUAACGACUAGCGGACGCCCGCGAAUUCGUCUGCGUAAAUUUCGAUGUCAACUUUACUACUACCCCUACCCUACCCUACCCCUACCCUACAUUACCCCUAACCUACCACUACCCCAACCCUACCCUACCCCUACCCUACCCUACCCUAAACCCUACCCCCACCCUACCCCUACCCUACCCCAAACCUACCCCUACCUUACCUACACCCUACCCCCAACCUACCCCUACCCCAAUCCUACCCCUACCGUCUCCGUACCCUAUCCCACCCGUACCCCUAUCUCACGCCUAUCCUACCCCUAUUCUACCACUUCCCUAUCCCACCCGUACCUCUACCCUACCACUACCCUACCUCUACCCCUACCGUACCACUACCCUAAACCUACCCUACCCCUACACUACCCCUACGCUUCCCUACCCGUACCCUACCCUACCCUGUAACUUCUCUAUCUUACUCCUACCCUUAGCAAAAUCGGUCCAGUCCUUCGAGAGUGGUGGUAUGACCAAGAGAAAUAGAGACUUCUAUGCUAAUAAUAUAAAGAGGUAAAGUUCGUGUGGUUGUAGGAGGUAAUCUCUGGAACUACUGGACCGAUUUGGAAAAUUGUUUUACCAAUAGAAAGCUACGUUAUUUGCGAGUGUCAUAGGCUAUGUUUGAUUCCCAUAUUCACACGGGAACGGGAACUACGUAAAUGAAAGCGCCGGGCGUCAUAUAGCGGAAUUUCUGCGUCUUUUAGAAAUUUUGUAUUAUCUCCGAAACUAUUUAAGUAAUUAACAUACUGUAAAGGGCAAAUCUUAUCUCCAUAAUAUCCUUGUGAUUAUUAAAUAAUUUCUUUUAAUAAGGAUUAAAGUUUAGUUGUAUAAAUAAUGACGGAAACCUGAGUAUAUAAAAUUAAUAAUGUUUAAAACACAAAAGGUACUAUAUCUGCUAAUAUAUAGAAGAUAGAUAUAUGGUGUCGCGGACUUUUUUGUAGAACUAUUAAAGAUACAUAAAGUCUCCAUACAUUAAUUUCAAUUUUACACAAUAGUUAAGGCAGCGCAUGCGAAUAAGUCUGUUUAAGAGGAUUUUCAGUCCGACCUCUAUGACAAAAACUGUGAUAACUCGGCUAAUAUAUAUGAUACCAAUAUAAAUAACUUGAAAAAGCAUAAAAUAUCUUUUAUUUACAUAACACCAAAAAUAUUGAAAAAUACAAUAAGUGUAAAUAAAUAUAUUUAUUUGGCUUAUUUCCUAAAAUACGAUAUUUUCUUUAAACACUGAAUUUAUUUUUUAUGGCUAAAUCUGAAAAAUUCUAUAUUUUUGUCAAGAAAUGUCAAUAUCAAUAUGGAAAUCUUGAUAUGUAUAUUUUUUGAUAUAAUAUGAUUAUAAACAAUUAUACAACAUAGAAACCACCACAAGUGUUAAUAAAACGCACUAACUUCCAUAUUUGCAACAAUUUUAUAUUCUAUUUUCAGGGAUCACAAUUUUUUUAUAUAUAUUGUACUUAAUGUUAAGAACUUGUUAAGAAUAAUUGAUUUUUAUUAUUAGACAAGAUGAUAGACCUCUUAUAAUAAAAGGAUGCACAAUCAUGUAGAAAAUUUCAAUUAAAAACUGGACAGUUAGAAAGAAAAUUAUACCUAAAGGCCUUUAAAUAUAGUCCAAUAUUCAAUAAAAUCCCAAUUUCAGAGCAAAUUCAACCUUAUACAUUGAGUUGAAGGUUAAAUUUGCAAAUGCGACUACUUGAAUUGAGUGCCAAGAAGUUGUGUUUGGCACUCAUUGAAUGUAAACGUUUUUUGGUCGCUGAUUGUGCAUCCACUUUUUAAUAGGAGGUUGAUGAGUUAAGGUUAAGAAUGAUUGAUUUUUAUUAUUAGACAAGAUGCUGUUUUAACAUCAUCACAUGGAUAUGAUAAUUAGUAUUUUCUAUUUAGAUGGAGAUGUUUUAAAUAAUUAAUUAUACUCAGAGACACAAGUAUCCGCCCACUUAAAUAUGACGCGAGUAUAUUAAAGUGGGCGGAUAAUUGUGCCUCUGAGUAUAUAUUGUUAGGUAUAUUAUGACUCACAAUCAAUGAUGAUAUUGUUGUAAUUUUUAAGGAGACAAAGAUAAAAGAAUGGUGUACAUUUUGGGUGAUAGAAAAAUAACUUGAGACUGUUUACAAAAUAUUUAAUUAAAAUUUAUACAAAAAAUUUGCGCCUUAGUAUAAUAAUUAAUAUCAUCACAUGGAUAUUCUAUUUGAAUGGAGAUCCUUUAAAUAAUUAAUUUGUGAUAUCAAUGACAAUGAAAUGACGAUAUCACUGUAAUUUUUAAGGAGACAGGAACCCACAUAAAAGAAUGGGUUACAUUUUGGGUGAUAAAAAAAAACUUGAGACUGGUUAGAAAAUAUUAAAUAAAAAUUUACGCCAUCUAAUGUUUGUUUACCCACGGGCAAUGUAUAGACCCCGGCAAGUAAGUUGAACCAAAAUAAUAGUUAUCUGUGCAGUGACAAUCAUAAACAAAAGUGAUUAGACGCAUGCUACAUUUCGACGGCCUCCGUGGCACAGUGGUGUGCGCGGUGGAUUUACAAGACGGAGGUCCUGGGCUCGAUCCCCAGCUAGGCCUAUUGAGGUUUUCUUAAUUGACCCAGGUCUGACUGGUGCAGAGAGGCCCUGGCUAGUUACCACCCUACCGAAAAAGACGUACCGCCAAGCGAUUUAGCGUUCCGGUACGAUGUCGUGUAGAAACCGAAAGGGGUGUGGAUUUUCAUCCUCCUCCUAACAAGUUAGUUUUAAUAAUUUAAAAUAUUAUAUUUUAAUGAAGUACCAAUUGGAAUAUUUGUAAAUAUCCAUUAAUACGUUUAGUACAAACUUUGCUAGAAUUAGGUGUUUAUGAAUAUUUCGAAUGGUAUUUUCCAUAAAUAAGUAAUGAUUAUAUAAAUUGUGUAAAAAACAAUUAUUAUCUGAUUUGAAUUUUUUAAUGAAUAUAUUUUCAAUAAUUAAUUGAUUACAGAUUUUUAUUUCGCUA